AUGUCCCGUUUGGAACGUCUAGUGACAAUCUUGGAGACUGGAUCGACCCCUUAUGUUAGAAAUACAGCAGCAGAUCAGCUUGCAGACUUGGCCAAGCAGCAUCCUCAUGAUACACUGAACUUGCUAUCCAGGGUUUACCCGUUUCUGUUCCAUAAGAAAUGGGAAACCAGGAUAUCUGCAUCGAGGGCGUUUGGUGGUAUAAUAUCUCAUAUACCUCAAUGGGAUCCAAAUGCCGAUGAGGAGACGGCGGCGUCAACAACAGACCAGUGUAAGAUGGAGAACGAAGAGGAUAUCAAGGUAAAAUUGGAAGAAGACUGCGAUGAUGAGGAUCAAGAAUUCAAGCUGAAGUUGGAGAAAUUAUUAAAUACCGAUGAAUACGAAGCAAUGCUAGUGUCUUUCCAAGAUUGGAAUCUAAAUGAAAUCUUGACAUCAGGCUGUGUAUUACUCUCUGCUACUGACGAUUCCUUCAAUGUCUUCAAGUCGGAUAGCGCCGGGGAGUUGAUGAACAAAAAAUUGAAAACUUCGACAUUCACAAAGAAAAUUGGAUAUGAUGAACUAAUGACACAAAUUAAAGUUAAGACGGAAAUUGAACGUGAACCAAGUGUUCCUUCCGAUUCAUCAUCUCCAGUGAAAGAGGAAAAUGUGGACACUCCUUCCCAGUCUGCCAAGGUUUCAGCAAGAAUGCGUGCUCUUGCUAAAAGAAAGGCCAAACUAGGGAAUUCAAAGCCAAUGAACGUAGAUAUCACACAGAGUACAAUCUCAAAUCAACUAUCAAGGUCCGAGAAGCUCUCUUUAGAUUCAAAUCCGAAAAAUGAACUGGAUAUUACGUCUCAGCAGAAUGGUACAAAGCUAGUUAUAGAAAAUAAACCAUUGCAAGAGACGGUUUCCUCCUUUGCUAAGUUUGCUGAUCAUGUUUGGAUCUUACAAGGUGUUUAUGAACUUUUAAUAAAAUCUUUAUUUUCGCCAGACUGGGAAAUUAGACAUGGCUCAACUUUAGGCUUGAGAGAAAUAAUGAGGUUUAAAAAUCAAGCCCUAUCGGCUGGUAGGGUAUCUAACAAAUCAAGGUCGGAGAAUGACGAAAGAAACAAAAAAACCCUAGAGGAUCUAAUUGUCAGGAUAUUGGCUAUUCUAUCAAUGGAUAGGUUUGGUGAUUACGUGUCUGAUACUGUUGUUGCUCCUGUCAGGGAAAACGCCGCACAAGUUUUGGCCGCAGUCAUCCGUUGGGUUGAUGAUAAAACACUUCAAAUUAUGUUCACAUGUCUAUGUGACUUGAUAAAGCAAAAUUCUCUCCCGAGGGUUAUAUGGGAAGCUAAACAUGGUGGCUUGUUGGGUCUGAAGUAUUUUGUGUCAAUAAAACCUGAAUUUUUGAUCAGCAAUUCUAACCUGUUCUGCGAAACUGCUAAUAUUGUUAUCAACUGUUUACGUGGGAGUCCCAAUGACAUUGAUCGUGACGAUGAUGUUCAAACAGUUGCAGCAUCCGUCAUUAUACCAAUCACCAAACAGUUUGUCUCACUACAGUCAGAUUUAGUUAAGGAAUUAUUAUCUGUGCUCUGGGGAUGUUUGAUAGAUUUGAAGGAUGAUCUAGCUGCCGCAACUGGUUCUGUAAUGGAUCUAUUAGGAAGUCUUUGUUGCGAGAAACUAGUCAUUGACGUAUUACAUGAAAUGUCCACUUCUUCGGAAGAUUGGAACUUCGCCAAGCUUGUUCCAAGGCUAUAUCCAUUUUUGCGUCAUAGUCUCACAAACGUUAGGAAAUCAGUCUUGAAGACUCUACUUUCAUUUUUAGACAUACCCGAUGAGAAAAUGUCGUUAUGGAUUGAUGGGCAGAUAGUCCGGCUGAUAUUUCAGAAUAUCUUGAUGGAAAGAAAUCACGAACUUUUAGAGUUAUCUUUUGUUCUAUAUGAAAAGUUGAUAGAUUAUAUGACCAAAAAAUCAACCCCAAUUGACUCGAUUUUGCAGGAGCAUAUAAUACCUUUAAUUGAUUUGAUGAAUACACCAAUUGGAUUACCAAGGUUCAAUUAUUCAAUGAAUCCAACUAAUAUCCUAAGGCCGUCUGGUCAGUUCAUGACCCCUUCGGAUAUACAAUUAACUGGUAUCAAUUUUAAGCAAUCAAAUACAGUUCAUUCUACCCAUGAGCAUCAUGAUAAAAGAAGAAAAAGGAAAGCUGAUUUAGAAACACCCAAAAGCCCCCCUGUUGAAAACAAAUCCACCGGAAUCCCGACAUCAGAGUAUGAUUUACAAGUUAAUAUAGAUGCCCCAAUGAUAAAUGUUGAUGUCACUUUGGUUCCAAUUGAAACUAUUUAUAGAACGAGAUUAUUAGCUGCAGCUGCUCUAGGCCGGACAAUGUCAAGGUAUUGUAAUGAAGAAAAACUCCUUGCAAUAUUAAAAAUUCUAAAAGAAAACAUGCUAAGCUCAUACAUUACCCCCCGGAUGAUUUCAUCUUGGGUAUUGAAUGAAUAUUUCUCAUCCAUAAUCAAGUUAGGUAGAGUUGAAGGUGUUGAUUACUCUAAAAUUUCACAAUAUGUCAACCCACUUCUAAUUGAAUUGUUAACUUCAUCCUCUUCUUCAUUCCCUUUCUUCAAGGAAUUGGUUCCAUUAUUGAAAAGUACAAGAUUUCAAUGUAAUUAUUUGUUGUUAUUAUUUCGGGAACAGGCCCAUCUCUCACCUUCCAAACUUAAGUCGAUUGCUAUUUUAGUUCAGGGUGAAUCUGAAGCUGGUCCAGGAGCUUUCUCACUAAAAGAUGCACAAGAUAUUGUUGAGAACUGGUUUGAUAGUAGUUACAGGACACUCUCUGCAUCAACAAGAAUAUCAGUUGGUAAACUAUUAGAAAAUGAGCGAGACCGGAUCAGACGAAGUAUCACUGAAGUUAAUGAUGAGUAUCAGAGCAGGUUGAAUUCUACCCUUUCAUCGAUUGCUGGUGCAUAUAUACAUUCCAUCAAUUUUGAAGGUGAAGGUAAAUUGCCGAACAAGCUAAAUCCAGUCAUUAGAUCAUUAAUGGAUGGCGUCAAGUUGACAAAUUCCAAUGAAAUACAAAACUACACCGCUUCGAAUGUUGCAUACUUAGUUGGGCAAUUAAUAAAAGAAUCAAGAAUUUCGAUUGCUGAAAAGAUCGUGAAAAACUUGUGUGGGUUCUUGUGUGUUGAUCCCGCUGAAGUUCCUGAAUAUUCCCCGAACAAAAACUAUGAUGGUAUUUUGAGUUUGAUCAGAGAAGGCAGAGAGGCAAAUAUGGAAGAUGAAAUCAUACCCGUACCAACUGCAGAUGAUAAUGAAAAACAAAGGAUUGAUUUUCAGAUAAGGUCGGCCAUUAUCAAGAGGAGAGGAGGUAAAGUUACGUUAGAGUCGUUAGUUUCCCUAUUUGGUCCGGAGUUAUUUAGCAAACUACCAAAAUUAAAGUCCCUGAUGUUGGAUCAGUUUGUGCUGUUGAACAAAAAUGUUGACGAAUUAACAGAUAAAGAAGGUCAAAGUGUCAUUGAUUCUUAUGAACUGAUAAACACGUUAUUUCCACAUCUUAACUCUGGAAUUAGAGGUGAAAUAUUGGCCAAAUUAAGUGAAUUAAUGCACGGUUUGCUAUCAUCAAAGUCUGUUUUCCGUUAUUCUGCAGCCAAAUGUUUGGCGACUAUCAUAAGCACAAUGCCUACCCAGGGAUUCCAAUAUUUGGUUGAGGACAUUUUACCACUAUUAAGCAACCCAUUACAUGUUGAACAAAGACAGGGUGUUAUUGAAUGUAUAUAUCACGUUGUUCAAUACAUGGGUUCUAAAAUUUUACCCUAUGUUGUGUUUUUGAUUGUUCCAGUGUUGGGUAGAAUGAGCGAUUCUAACAAAGAUAUCAGGUUAUUGGCGACGUCGACUUUUGCACAGAUCAUAAAGUUAGUGCCAUUGGAGUCUGGAAUUGUUGAUCCUGUUGAUAUGCCCCAGAGGCUAUUAGAUAGUAGGCAGAAGGAGCGUGAGUUUUUAGCACAAAUGAUGGAUCCAAGUAAGAUUGAGCCAUUUGAAUUGCCUGUUAGUAUUAAGGCAACUUUGAGAAAAUAUCAACAAGAAGGUGUUAAUUGGCUGUAUUUUUUGAAUAAAUAUCAUCUACAUGGUAUUUUAUGUGAUGAUAUGGGAUUGGGUAAGACCUUACAGACCAUUUGUAUGAUUUCAAGUGAUCAUUAUCUGCGAGCUGAGAAGUUUGCCAAAGAUGGGUCUAUUGAGAAUAGGAAAUUACCAUCUUUAGUUGUUUGUCCGCCAUCGCUCACAGGUCACUGGGAGCAGGAGGUCAACCAAUAUGCGCCAUUUAUGAAGGUGUUAGUUUAUGCUGGUCCACCUACAGUGCGAAACACAUUGAAGGAUGAAAUCAACAGUAAAGUGCCUGAUGGCAUUGAUAUUAUUGUGACUUCGUACGACGUUGUUAGGAACGAUAUUAGCUUUAUCAGUCAAUUUGAUUACAAUUAUUGUGUUUUAGAUGAGGGACAUAUAAUUAAGAAUGCCAAAUCUGUGUUGAGUAAGAGUGUGAAACAGCUUCGAUCUGAGCAUCGGCUAAUUUUAUCGGGUACUCCUAUCCAGAACAAUGUUGUUGAACUAUGGUCAUUAUUUGAUUUCCUUAUGCCUGGAUUUUUAGGUACAUAUAAGCAGUUUGACACUAGGUUUGCCAAGCCUAUUGCGUUAUCGAGGAAGAACAAGGGCAAAAAGGAGCAAGAGAGGGGGUCAUUAUUAUUGGAGAGUUUACAUAAGCAAGUGUUGCCAUUUAUGCUGAGACGAUUGAAGGAGGAUGUUUUGGGUGAUUUACCACCGAAGAUCAUCCAAGAUUAUUACUGUGAAUUAUCGAAUUUACAAAAGCAACUAUACCGGGACUUUAUUCAUAAGCAGAAGAAGAACAUAGUCAAAGAUAUCGAGGAAGUUGAAGUUGGAGAAGGAUCAGAUGAUGAUAACAGCAACGGCAAGCAACACGUAUUUCAAGUUUUACAGUAUAUGAGGAAAUUAUGCAAUCACCCUUCAUUGGUAUUAACUGAGAAGCAUCCACAAUUCAAAGAAGUCACGGCGUAUUUGAAGAAGUACAAUAUGGAAUUGGAUGAUAUUGAGCAUGCUCCUAAACUUUUAGCGCUAAAGAAUCUAUUAAAGGAGUGUGGUAUAGGAUUGAUUGGGAAUGAAUCAACAGUGAUAUCACAACAUCGAGCCUUGGUGUUUUGUCAAAUGAAGGAUAUGUUGGACAUUGUUGAGAAUGACCUAUUGAAGAAGCAUAUGCCUAAUGUGACAUAUCUAAGGAUGGAUGGUUCAGUUGAUCCAAGGUAUAGGCAGAAUAUAGUGAAGCAAUUCAACGAAGAUCCAUCUAUUGAUUUGUUAUUAUUGACCACCAAAGUUGGAGGAUUAGGGUUGAAUUUGACUGGUGCAGAUACGGUGAUAUUUGUUGAGCACGAUUGGAAUCCAAUGAAUGAUUUACAAGCUAUGGAUCGGGCGCAUCGAUUAGGACAAAAGCGGGUGGUCAAUGUUUAUCGGUUAAUUACACGAGACACUUUAGAGGAGAAGAUUAUGGGAUUACAGAAGUUCAAGAUGAAUCUUGCCAACACGAUUGUCAACCAACAGAAUGCCGGAUUGGCGUCGAUGGACACGCACCAGUUAUUGGAUCUGUUUGAUGCAGACAAGGUCGACGAAGGCGAGGGGCGAGAUGGAGAGGUUGAGAAGCGGUCAGACGGUGAGCAUGUCAAGAGCAAGGCGAAUGGUGCCAAAGGUAUUGAGGAUGUUACGGACGAUGGUGGGUUAGGCGGCAAGGCUGGCAGUGUAGUAAAGGAAUUGGGCGAGUUAUGGGAUGCCCGUGAGUACGAGGAGGAGUACAAUUUGAAUACGUUUAUCGAGACGCUCAAAUGA